GUUACUAUCAUUGUACAAAUUAACUAUCUAGCUAUAGCCAUGGUGUCAACUACUCUAUCAAGUUUUCUACUUGUUCUUGUUCUUUCUUUCUUUGUCUCAGAAGCUCAAAGGCCUGCUUUAACCAAAGGUCUUUCAUGGUCAUUUUAUCAAUCUAGUUGUCCUCAACUUGAAUCCAUUAUUAGAAAGAGGCUUCAAAAACAAAUCAAGGAUGAUGUUGGCCAAGCUGCUGGCUUACUUCGUCUUCAUUUCCACGAUUGCUUUGUUCAGGGGUGUGAUGGUUCAGUGUUGCUAGAAGGAUCAGCAGGAGGGCCAAGUGAGCAAACUGCAAUCCCAAAUUUGACCCUAAGAAAAAGGUCAUUCAAGAUAAUUGAUGAUCUUAGAAAAAGGAUCCAAGAUGAGUGUGGUCAAGUUGUGUCUUGCUCUGAUAUUGUUGCCAUUGCUGCUAGGGAUUCUGUUGUCUUGACGGGUGGGCCCAACUACGAUGUACCCUUAGGAAGAAAGGACGGAGUCAACUUUGCAACGGAGCAAGCGACGAUUGACAACCUAGUCGCACCCUCUGCCAACACCACAACCGUCCUCUCUCUCCUUGCAACCAAGGGCCUCGACGCGACCGAUGCGGUCGCGUUGUCUGGGGCCCACACUAUCGGUAUCAGCCACUGUCCUUCAUUCACCGACCGUCUCUACCCAAACCAAGACUCCACUAUGGACAAGACAUUUGCUAACAACCUUAAAGGUAGUUGUCCCACGGCUAACUCGAACAACACGGUCAACAUGGACAUUCGUAGCCCUAAUGUUUUCGACAACAAGUACUACGUUGAUCUCAUGAAUAGACAAGGGCUUUUUACGUCCGAUCAAGAUUUGUAUACGGAUCGAAGAACACGAGGGAUUGUAACGAGCUUUGCGGUGAAUCAAUCGUUGUUUUAUGAGAAAUUUGUUAUUGGUAUGAUAAAAAUGGGACAAAUGAAUGUGUUGACUGGUGGACAAGGUGAAAUUAGGAAUAGGUGUGAUAGGAGGAAUAAGGAUAAAAAGGUUGAUAUUGCUACUGUUGUUGAAGAAUUGGAGGAAACUUUUUCUGCUUUGUUUUAAGUUUUAAUUAAUUAGAGUUUUGGUUUUGUUGUAAUAAUAAUAAUGAGUGUGUUAAUUAACUUUUAGUAUAAUAAUCACAUUUUGUUUUGUAAGAA